CGGCGGCGGCGGCGGCGCGGGAGCGGGGGCCCGAGCGGGCGCUGGAGCCGGAGCCGCGGCACGAGCGGGGCCCGGAGCGGGGGCCCGCGCCGCGCUGCUGAGGGAGCCCGGGCCGCCUGCUGCCCGGCCGGCCACGGCCACGGCCACGGCGGAGGCCCCGAGCUGGGAGCCACGAGAUUUGAGGCGGCGGGACCGGUCAACAGAAUGCGUCCUCCCUCUGCACGCGACCCCGAGGCCACCGAGAUGAGCGCCACGGCCGGGCCCUGGCAAGCGCCCACGUCUCACUAGCAGGGAGCCCGCCGGGCCACCAUGGUGUACUAGCCCCGAAGAGCCGCCCGCAACCUCAGGUCUGCACAGACCCGGGAUUUGCUCGGCAGCAGAGUCACCGUGGAGAGGCCAGGGUACCACAAACUUAUGGAUUUUGACAAGAAAGGAGGGAAAGGGGAGUCGGAGGAGGGUCGGAGAAUGUCCAAGGCCAGCGGCCGGACCAGCCAUGGCGUCCGGAGCUCGGGGACCAGCUCGGGGGUCCUGAUGGUGGGCCCCAACUUCCGGGUCGGGAAGAAGAUAGGCUGUGGCAACUUCGGGGAGCUCCGGCUAGGGAAGAAUCUCUAUACAAAUGAAUACGUAGCUAUUAAACUGGAGCCCAUCAAGUCCCGGGCCCCUCAGCUGCACCUGGAGUACCGCUUCUACAAGCAGCUCAGCGCCACAGGUACCCGCGCCGGCGCAGUGCGGGGCCGGGGUGGGGGGCGCCUCGCCUCGCGGGCAGGGUCCUCACAGGCCCGUGUGUCGUCCCCUGCAGAGGGCGUCCCUCAGGUCUACUACUUCGGCCCGUGUGGGAAGUACAAUGCCAUGGUGCUGGAGCUGCUCGGGCCUAGCCUGGAGGACCUGUUUGACCUGUGUGAUCGCACGUUCACACUCAAGACGGUGCUCAUGAUCGCCAUCCAGCUGAUCACGCGCAUGGAGUACGUCCACACCAAGAGCCUCAUCUACCGCGACGUGAAGCCCGAAAACUUCCUGGUGGGGCGCCCGGGCACCAAGCGGCAGCACGCCAUCCACAUCAUCGACUUCGGCCUGGCCAAGGAGUACAUCGACCCCGAGACCAAGAAGCACAUCCCGUACCGCGAGCACAAGAGCCUGACGGGCACGGCGCGCUACAUGAGCAUCAACACGCACCUGGGCAAGGAGCAGAGCCGCCGCGACGACCUGGAGGCGCUGGGCCACAUGUUCAUGUACUUCCUGCGUGGCAGCCUGCCCUGGCAGGGGCUCAAGGCCGACACGCUCAAGGAGCGCUACCAGAAGAUCGGGGACACCAAGCGGGCCACGCCCAUCGAGGUGCUCUGCGAGAGCUUCCCAGAGGAGAUGGCCACAUACCUGCGCUACGUGCGGCGCCUAGACUUCUUCGAGAAGCCUGACUACGACUAUCUGCGCAAGCUCUUCACCGAUCUCUUCGACCGCAGCGGCUUCGUGUUCGACUACGAGUACGACUGGGCGGGGAAGCCCCUGCCGACCCCCAUCGGCACGGUCCACACCGACCUGCCCUCGCAGCCUCAGCCUCGGGACAAAGCCCAGCUGUACAGCAAAAACCAGGCGCUGAACUCCACCAACGGGGAGCUGAAUACGGACGACCCCACUGCCGGUCACUCCAACGCCCCCAUCACGGCGCCCGCAGAGGUGGAGGUGACUGAUGACACCAAGUGCUGCUGCUUCUUCAAGAGGAGAAAGAGAAAAUCGGCGCAGCGACACAAGUGACCCGGGGCAGUGGUGCCCUGAAUCCUCCCGCCGCAGCCCCUGGGACCAGCUCGUCCGUGGCUGUGUGGCCCACGGCCCAGACGCAGACUGCAGGGCCGGCCGCAGCUGCCCGCCCCCCUCCCCCCCCACGUGGGGUCACCUUCACAUGAGACUUUGGCCGAAAUUUCUACACCUGUGUCUAGUCCUCCCCUCCGAGAGCAUUAACUAUUUGAAACAAGGAAACGAAACACAGCGGCCGCCCGCCCUGCGCCCCUCCCGCCGCCGAAGUGAGUAGUCGGCCGCCCUGUUGGUUUCAUAAAGUCCAGCUUGUCUCCCUCGA